AUGGGACUCAAUUUACAACCUUUAAUUCAAGGUGCUGUUUUAAAAGCCUUGUCGACACGACCAAUUAUAGCAGCAGAUGUGGGCUACAAGGGGACACAACUUAAGAUGUCUCUUUACCUGGAGGGUAAACAACGUACAGCUUUCAAACCAAAAUGGUAUUCUAGAGAUUAUGUUAUAACAGAUUCACCUGUAUCAGGUGCUGAUAGACAUAAUGGUGAAAUAGCAGCGUUUCAUCUGGGCAGAAUAUUAGGGUUUAGAAGAACACCCCUGGUGUCUGGUAGAAGAGUUAAUAUGAAUACAGAUAUUAAACCUGUUGGAACCAAAACUCUACUGGAUACAUUUUAUAUGCAAGAUGGUAAUGUAUGUUUUUAUGGAAGAUGUUAUUAUUGUAAAGGGAAAGAUACAGGAGUAUGUGGUGAAGGUGAUAUUCUAGAAGGAACUGUUGUUUUAUGGAUGCCUUCUCAUUUCCAACUAAAAGUACGCAAACAUCCCUGGUCCAGAACUUAUCGGGAAGGCAAAUUAGCGUUAUGGGAAACUGAUGAUGGUUAUUGUCGUAAAGUACAGGGUAUAGAGUUCUAUCGUAAUGGUCCAAUCUUAUUAGAUAUUAUUGAUACAGCUAUAUUUGAUUAUUUAGUUGGUAAUGCUGAUCGACAUCAUUAUGAAACCUUCCAUAAUGCUAGUCAAACUAUGUUACUAUUAUUAGAUAAUGGUAAAAGUUUUGGAAAUCCUUACCAUGAUGAAAGAUCUAUAUUAGCUCCACUGUAUCAAUGCUGCAGUGUAAGAGUGAAGACAUGGGAAGUAUUAUUAUCAUUACAAGAUGGUAUAUUAGGGUCAGUGUUAAAAGGGGUGUUACAAUCAGAUCCUAUUGCUCCUGUACUAACUGAUUAUCACUAUACAGCUCUAGACAGAAGAUUACAGAUUAUUCUGAAGGAAAUAGAACAGUGUAUGAAAAUAUUUGGUAUGAAAGUGAUAGUAACAUCUUGAUAUACAACCAUUCAACUUGUGCCUUUACCAAUGCUUUGUGCUUUGGACAUUAUGGAAUCCAUCAUUGGGGCAACUGUAAGAGCUAUCUUUUGACUUAUUGAGCUCAGUAGCCUAAUCUGUUCCACAGGAUCUAGUGAGAUCAUUGAGAUAAGUCUACAGUAAAAAUACUUUAGACUUGAGGACAACUGAUAGACAUUGAUCACAUUGAUGCUAACAUCAGCUUUAUAUAAUAGCUUCAAAACUAUUCAAAUAUAUUCAUCAGUAAAAAGCAGCAAGAAAAUCUAUCUCACUUAUCUGAAGAAAUUUUGUCCCAAUAAUCUUGACUCUAUCUUUUAAAAAAAUAUGUUACUCAUUUUUGGGGGACCUACACAUUUCAAAACUUAAACCCAUGACAAUCAACAAGUUACAGUAUAUGGAAAUGAUGGUUCAGUUCUUCUGUUUGAAGUGGAGAGUAAUCAUGACAGAUUCAGAGCUCUUGCUUUAUGUUUGUUUUUACUAUUUGCUGUGCAAUAAGUAGGUUUUGUUAAUAACUUUGUUUUAUCUUAGUGAAGAUGGUUCUGUGGAAGAUCUGUGAAUACCUAGUUAUUAAUAUAAACUCAGAUAACUAUGUUCAAUUUUAAAGAUCUUUUAUACAAAUGUAUGCAUUUGCCUUUUAUAUUUGUUAAUAUUACAUUAUAUUUU